GAACGCCUCGGGGUCCCCCAGGAGGAACUGGAAUGCGUUGCUGGAAUACUUUACCCAGCCUGCUGCCCCCUUGGCCAGGCAACAGAUGCUUCCUUCUAUAUACCCUUGUGCCCAUGCUCACGCGGACGCCAUCCAGUGCACCUCCUGCAUCCCCCUGGCCAACCCCCCAUCUCCUCUCCUCCCCCUCUCCCCGGCUGUGUGAGCGCGGAUCACCGCUCCGUCCGGCGGGGCUCUCGGUGAAGAAGCGCAGGGAAACAAUGCGAACCGCGGCGAUGCGGCUCCCAGAGGACUGACGGCGCUGCACGGGAAGGAGAGCGCAGGCUCUCAGUUUGAGCUGAAGAACAAGGAGACAAAGUGAGGACAGAAGAAGCUGAAGGCUGUUCCAGAGGCUGCCUGGCUCCAUGUCUGCCCCUGCUCCAGCCAAUCGGAGGUCUGCGUUGGGCUCUCGCCGAUUCAACCCUCUGAAGGCGUUGCAGCCCAAACGCCGCUUGCAGCAAAUACUGGCAUCCUCGCCCGUCCCUGUGCCCAAGCCGGCGUCGGUGCCGGGGACGGGGACGGGGACAUCAGGGACAGGGACAGCUGUGCCAGCAGCCACAGCGCCGGUGGCCAUUCCGGUGCCUGCGCCCCCUGCGUUUGACUACUGCAGGUUCAUAGAGCUAGACUACGUCCCUAUGGAGACAGGCUAUAUGGUCUCAAUGCGUCCCACUAAAGGCUAUGCAUCAACCAAGUCACCGACUAAAGGAUACGCUUCCACCAAGUCUCCAGAUCGCCACAGCCGUACGACAAACUCUCCCUCAACCCCUCGUUCUCGGCGGACACCAGCCGCGCCCAGUAAUAGAGAUCCUCAUGGCAACACCUCCCUCAGCAGCAGCAGUAACUCAGGCUCUUGUAAAGGCAGCGACUGCAGCCCCACCAAAGGUCGUCAUCAGAAGUACACGUCAUGUACGGACAACCAUGGUAUCCGGCCCCCUCCACCAGAGCAGUACCUUACACCCCUGCAGCAGAAAGAGGUGUGUAUCCGACACCUGCGGGCCAGGCUAAAGGAAACCAUCAAUACUCUACAAGACAGGGACACAGAGAUAGAUGAGCUGAGAGGCCAGCUUUACAGAAUGCAGGAGGACUGGGUUGAGGAGGAGUGCCACCGUGUGGAGGCUCAGCUGGCCCUUAAGGAGGCACGCCAGGAGAUCCAACAGCUCAAACAGGCUGUGGACACGGUACGCUCCAGGCUCAGUGAUGCUGGGGGGCUCAGCGGGGACGUUGGGGUCCAGAAGUACUUUCAGGACAUCAAUACUCAGAACCACAAGCUUGAGAACCUUUUGCUCAGUAUGGAGCUAGCUCAGGCUGGGUUAGCCAAGGAGGGUGAAGCCAUGCAAGGCUGUCGGAUCCGUGUCGGAGGUUCGGCACCAGCAUCGGUAUCCGGAGAAAGUCCAGGGGGAAUGCCCAAACCGGCAGUAGGAGGAAGGGGGUCUUGCUCCUGCGAUGGUUCCCCAGCCCGUUCUCUGACCCGGAGCUCCACCUAUACCAAGCUGAGUGAUCAGGCACUUGCAGACCGGAACGGCAAUGGCACAGACUUUCCUUGUCUGUCAGGUGAUGGCACCCAGGACAGUGGUUUUGUGUGCUGUGGGGAGAGCAGCAUCCCCAGCCGGGCUGACCUGCUACUGGAGGCCGCCUUCCUCUCUGAGGAAACAGCAUCUUUACUCAACUCUUACUCACAGACCUUUUCCCACUCUCUACCCCACUCUCUACCCCAAACUCUACCCCACUCUCUGCCCCACACUCAGCCCCGUUCUCUACCCAACUCUCUGACCAACCCUCUGCCGCACACUUUCUCCCAUACUUUACCUCAUUCUUUCCCCCACAAUUUGUCUCACUCUGUUCCUCACACUAUGCAGCACUCUGCCACCUAUGAGAAGCUCUGCACAGGGGAGCGGCUGGCACCUUUGCGUUGCAGCCUGGGUGGAGUGGGCUGUAUGAGCCAUCCUUGCCUGUCCCACCACCUCUACCUGCACCCAUUGCGGGAGACAGGCAUUCAGACUGAAAGCUGCCCUAUCCCUGCAACGGCAGGUUACCCCUCUGAUCUGGAUACCAUUGCGGAGCAACGCACGUUCCGCUCCCAGGCCUGCAGCCCCACCUCUACCUGGAUGUCUGAUGAAGGGGAGGAGGAACUGGACUCCAUCACCACCACAACUUCAGUAACCACAGCAACAGUCAUGAGUACAGCAACAGAACCCAUCCCAGUCUCCAAAACACCAGUGAUCCCUCCCUUUCCUCGCUCUGCUACUGUGGCAUGUUCCAUGGAAAGUCCUCUACAUGAGGGGAAAGAGGGAGUUGAGGCUGAGGAAAAGCAGGAGAAAGAGAAGAGGGAGAAGGAAGCCGUAGCAACGGAAAAACAAAAAGAAACAACAGUGAUUACACCGGCAGAAGAAGGGCAGCACAUGCAAAUUGGCUCAGUGGAAGGGAAUGAGGUGGAAGUUCAGGGUGCAGUGGAGGAGGCAGCACCAGUAAAACAGUGCAACUUAGCAGACACAUCAGCAGGGAUGGAGGGGGAGCUUAAGUUUGGAGGGUGUUGUGGAGAAGGCAGACUUGUUCGGACAACACUGGGAAACCUGAACAUGGAAGACAGGCAGCAAGAAGUUGGUCUACCUGCAGCAUCAUCCCAGGUAGAGACAGCAGAACAUAGUCCUAGUCCUCCAGGAUUGUCACCAGACACAGAACAGCCUCAAACGUCCCAGCCAAGGAGAUCUACUUCCCACGAGGAGAUAGCAGGAGUCACUGUAGUGGAGUUGCAUGAUGAGGAUGAUAUUGAAGAUAAAACUAAAGAACAAGGCGCCACAGGGGGUGCUGCAGCAGAGGAAGGAGAUUCAUCGGACUCUGCGACAAUUCAGAAAAGCUACUGGAGUCGUCACUUCCUGGUUGAUCUGCUGGCAGUGGCCAUCCCUGUGGUGCCAACAGUGGCAUGGCUCUGCCGUGGUCCAGUCCGUGACGGACAGCCCAUGUAUCAUAUAGGGUCACUGCUGCGAGGUUGUUGCACUGUGGCUCUGCACUCACUGCGCAGGGGAGGUGGGCUAAGGCAUUACCCCGCAGGCGGGGGAGACCUGGGCGGAUCACAGAUAUAAGAGGAGAAUCUGUU